UUGAUAUUGUAGCAGAUUCUCAAAUAUUGGUGGAGAGGAGAAGCUACAUACAGUUCUUCAUAAACUGAAACAAAAGUUAACAUGCAGUCUGAAACACACAUAGACAUGAAUGCCCAGAAUAGAAUAAGCACUAUUGCUGGGUCUUCACUGGAGAUGGAGAUGAAGGGUAGUGCAGAAAAUACCACGACAUAUAAGUUCAACAAGAAUGCUUUUGCUUGCGCUGUGUUUGCCUCUGUAAUAUCCAUCAUAUUUGGAUACGACACCGCUGUAAUGAGUGGAGCAAUGAUCUUCAUGAAAGAAGAUCUCAAAAUCAGUGAUGUACAAGUCGGAGUCCUCGCCGGGAUAUUAAACCUAUGCGCCCUAGUCGGGUCCUUAGCGGCCGGAAGAACCUCCGAUUACAUUGGUCGUCGUUACACCAUAUUCCUAUCCUCCAUAAUUUUCUUGGUGGGGGCAAUUCUAAUGGGCUACGGGCCAAACUACGCGGUCCUAAUGAUCGGUAGGUGCACCUCUGGCAUAGGUGUGGGCUUUGCACUCAUGAUCGCCCCGGUUUAUGCAGCAGAGAUCUCAUCCCCUACAUCGCGGGGUACACUAACCUCUCUACCGGAGCUUUGCAUCAGUCUCGGGCUCUUAUUCGGAUACGUAUCAAAUUACCUUUUUGGGAAACUGGCUUUGAAACUUGGCUGGAGAUUGAUGCUUGGGGUUGCUGGAGUCCCAGCAAUUGCUUUGACUAUUGGGAUUCUCAAAAUGCCAGAGUCCCCAAGGUGGUUAGUGAUGCAAGGUCGUUUAGGGGAGGCUAAGAAAGUGUUGGAACUGGUUUCUAAUACCAAACAAGAAGCUCAAGUUCGUUUUCGUGACAUCAAAAUUGCGAUUGGUAUUGACGAAAAUACCGAUGAUAAUGUCGUGAAGCAUAGAACUAACAAUCGAGGAGAAGGGGUGUGGAAAGAAUUAUUCCUGAGGCCGAGUCCUGCUGUCCGGAGGAUUUUGCUAGCGGCAAUCGGAAUACAUUUCUUCGAACAUGCAACAGGAAUAGAAUCCGUGAUUUUGUUUAGUCCGAGAAUUUUCAAGAAAGCUGGGGUUACUAGCAAAGACACGCUCUUGCUUGCCACAAUCGGGAUUGGGGUUACAAAGAUUGUGUUUAUAUUGCUGGCAACAUUUCUGAUUGACAAGGUUGGUAGGAGGAAGUUAUUGUUGACGAGCACUGCGGGGAUGAUUAUAUCUCUCGCAGGAUUAGGGUUUGGAUUGACCAUGGCAGAGAACUCCAAAAAGGAGCUUGCUUGGGCUCUAAGUUUCAGCAUUGUGGCAGUGUAUGUAUUUGUGGCUUUCUUCUCUAUUGGACUUGGGCCAAUUACAUGGGUUUACAGCACUGAGAUUUUCCCUUUGAAGUUGAGGGCACAAGGGACUAGUGUUGUGGUAGCUGUGAACAGAGUUAUAAAUGCUGCUGUUUCAAUGAGUUUCAUUCCAAUAUAUAAGGCAAUUACAAUAGGAGGGACCUUCUUUAUGUUUGCAGGGAUAUCUGUGUCGGCUUGGGUUUUCUUCUUUUUGUUCUUACCAGAGACUAAAGGAAGGUCUUUGGAAGAGAUGGAAAUGCUCUUCAGCAAUUAUAGGACUACUGGUGCUGAUCAAUCUAGAAACAGUGUUGGAGUGCAAUCUAGAAGUGAUGCCUAGCUAGAAAAUAAUUUGUGAGAAAAUUAUACCUAGAUUGCUUUUAUCUCAAAUUUGUGUCUUCUUAAAUAAAUUAUGAUGCUUGUAAUUAUAUCAAGUUGAAACUUAAAAAAAGUUGGAUGAAAUUGAAUG